UAUCUCUAAUGGCGCUUCAUGUAUUAUUUAGUCAUAAACUAUAGCUCAUUGUAACUUCUAAGAGAGGGAUCAGUACCAAUAUGAAAAUUGGCGCCUUGUGGUGUACCUUCCAUAAAUUUUUAACAAAAAGUUCAGCGCAGAAAAAACCUGGAAGAAUGUGACCAUGAAUUAUGCAUAAGCUCAAACUCAACAUCCUCUUCCACCCUUUAAAACAGCCGCCAUUUCGCCACUCCGCCGCUGCUGCCGCCGCCACCAAGUCCUUCAACGCCACCCUCCACCGCCUUUCCUCAGAAGGUUUCCACCAUCAUGCUUUACUCACAUACAACUCCAUGCUCAAGUCCUCUGUACCUCCUGACCCUUUCACUUUCCCUACUCUCCUCAAAGCCUGCAUUUCUCUUAACCUCCUCCGGCACGGUCUUUUGCUACACCAACACGUGGUCGUUAAUGGAUUUUCUUCUGAUUCUUAUAUUGGGUCAUCCUUAAUCAGUUUUUAUUCCUCUUUUGGGCUUACAGAGCAUGCACAGAAAGUGUUUGAUACAAUGCCUGAGAGGAACAUUGUCCCGUGGACGACUGUUAUUGGGUGUUAUACACGAACUGGUGAUUUUGAGCAUGCUUUUUACCUGUACAAUUCUAUGCUACAAGAAGGAAUAAAGCCGACUUCUGUUACCUUGUUGACUCUGCUUUCUGGAGUAUCAGAGAGCAUUCAUGUGGAGUGUUUGCAUACUUGUAUAGUAAAAUAUGGUUUUAUGGGUCACAUUGCUUUGUUGAAUUCUAUGUUGAAUGUGUACGGUAAAUGUGGAAGAAUUGAGUAUGCUAGGAAGUUAUUUGAGUGGAUGGACGAAAAAGAUAUUGUUUCUUGGAAUUCUUUGGUUUCAGGGUGUGCUUUAGUGGGGAACACAGAAGAAUUAUUGACGCUUAUGUACAGGAUGAGGUCAGAAAAUUCAUGGCCUGAUCAUCAAACAUAUGGGGCGUUGGUUUCCGCAAUUGCAAAAGAUGGUAGUGCUGAAUUUGGAAAAGUGGUGCAUGGACAGAUAGUUGCUGCUGGAUUUGAAUUAGAUGUGCAUCUUCAGACAUCACUUAUGUUUAUGUAUUUAAAAUGUAGGAACAUGGAUUAUACGUUUAAGAUUUUUGAGCGAGCAAAAGAUAAAGAUGUAGUUUUGUGGACAACUAUUAUCUCAGGACUUGUUCAGAAUGAACGUGCAGAUAGAGCACUUGAAGUGUUUCAAAGCAUGUUGUGUAGUAGAAUUGAACCUUCUACAACUACCAUAGCAAGUGCACUUGCAGCUUGUGCUAAAUUAGGUUCAUUGAAAGUAGGAACUUCUAUACAUGGCUAUAUGUUGAGGCAAAGAAUGGCCAUUGACACUCCUGCCCAAAAUUCUCUUAUCACUAUGUAUUCAAAAUGUGGCUAUUUGAAGCAAGCUCUUAUUGUUUUUCAUAUGAUAAAAAACAGAGAUGUGGUCUCCUGGAAUGCAAUUGUUGCAGGGAAUGCCCAGAAUGGGCAUUUAUCAAUGGCCUUGCAUUUGUUUAAUGAAAUGAGGAUAGCCCAUCAAAGACCUGAUUCAGUAACAGUGGUUUGCCUUCUUCAAAUUUGUGCCUCAAUUGGAGCAUAUCAGCAAGGGAAGUGGAUCCACAAUCUUGUUGUAAGGAGCUAUCUUGAACCUUGCGUUAAGAUAGGUACAGCUUUGGUUGAUAUGUACUGCAAAUGUGGUGACUUAGACAGUGCGAAGAAGUGUUUUGACAGGGUCAUAGAACGUGAUCUCAUUUUAUGGAGCACAAUUAUUUCUGGAUAUGGCAGUCAUGGCAAAGGGGAGACUGCCCUGGCGUUGUAUAUGGAGCUUGUGCAAAGUGGUCUUACACCAAACAGUAUUAUUUUCUUAUCUGUUCUUUAUGCAUGUAGUCAUAAUGGACUUGUGGACCAUGGUUUGAACUUGUUUGAUACUAUGGCAAGGGAUUUUAAGAUUGAACCUGAACUCGAACAUUGUGCAUGUAUAGUUGACCUACUUUGUCGAGCCGGUAGGGUGAAAGAUGCAUACAACUUCUAUAAAAUGAAAUUUCCAGAACCAAUGGCCAAUGCUUUGGGUAUAAUUCUUGAUGCUUGCAAAACAAAAGCCCUGGAAGAACUUAGGGAUGUCAUUGCCAAAGAAAUCUCAGAGUUAGAUCAUGAGGACGCUGGAAGGUAUGUGCAAUUGGCUCAUAGUUAUGCUUCAAUGGCCCAGUGGGAGGGCGUUGGUAAGACCUGGGUCCAGAUGAGAGAACUUGGGCUCAAAAAGCUUCCUGGUUGGAGUUUUAUUGACUUACAUGGAGUAAUAACAACUUUUUUUAUGGGCCAAACCUCUCAUCCUCAGCAGGAAGAUAUAAUGUUGGUUGUGAAGAAUUUGAGUGAGGAGAUUAGUGAAAGGGUAAUCAUGUCUAACACAGAGGAUAUAUCAUAAGCGCUUAUGAACAACAUCUUCUUCGUGGUGUUUUUUCCAUUGGGGAUACUCGACGGUAAAUGUCAAUUUGUUCAGUAUGUCACUAUGGUACUAGAUAUUGAACAAGGAAAUAUCAGUUUAAUCUGACCGCAAGCAAGGAUUCCAGGAAGUGUUACAACUACUAACUGCCAAUCCACCGAUGGUGAAGGGGGAAGCUCCAUUGUUUAUUGUCAGUGAAAUUCAUUGUCAGAAUUGCCUAGGGAGAUGUUGUCAGUGAUAUUCAAUUCCAACUUUCCUCCUGCCUCCAAUCCACUGACUCUUCCUGCAGUCACUCGUCAUUCUAUGCUUGUCGCCUAUGACCUCCUUAAGGAAUCUAAGACUUAUUUUCUAUCAAGAAGCAGUUGGUCUAACACUACUAUAUUAGGUUGAGAUGGGCAGUUCAAAUGAUUGAAUUGGAUCUACUGUUUGGGGCAAGGGGGUUUCCAAAGAAGCAACCGAACUAGGUUGAUGCACCUAUUUUAGUGAAAGAACCAUUGUACCUUGAAUUCUUGCAGCUCUGAUUGUGGAAGCUGGAGCAUUUACACAUUACCUCAGUUCAUGCGUUUAAACAUUGUGGCAGAUUGUCAAACAUUUACUACUCUCGGUUUCGGCGUCUAAAUGAAAAAAAACUGACAAGUAUAUUGUUCAACCCUCUUUAUUUAUACCACGCGACUUCAACCUCACUGGCUAUGUUGGUUAUACAUCUGUUGUUUUAUAUUCAUUACUACUGCUGGGCAUAGUAUUAGCUCUGAUCUAGAUGUUUUUAAUAAUGCACAAACAUCUCGUGUGAAUCGUCCAAGAAAAAAAGGACUAGUGUGGAUUCUACGUGGGUAUUCCAUUCAAUUGAUAUUAUAGUCUAUUCACUUUCUUUUU